AUGUCUGAUGAAUACGCCUACCACUUCAAGUACAUCGUCGUUGGGGCCACGUCUGUAGGGAAAUCGUCCCUUUUCUUGAGAUUCAUCAAUAAUAAGAAGUUUCAGCAUGAGUAUGAUACCGCCAUUAGCAAGGUCACAGUUGAGGGUACACCCGUUAAGCUCGAGAUCAAGGACAUUGGUGGAGAAAAAAUGUGGACAUCCCAAAAAUAUCUCAGCCGAAAGGUAGCUGGAGUGCUUCUGGUUUUCGACGUAACCAGAAGGGAGACAUUUAAUACUCUCUCGGUCUGGCUAAAGCAUGUAGACUAUAUACGGAAGAUGACUAACCUCACAAUCAUGCUCGUAGGAAACAAGUGUGAUAGUCGAAAAAGGGAUGUCCUUUCUUCCGAAGGGAUGGAAUUCGCUUUGCGGAAUGGACUAUUAUACUCGGACACAUCUUCAAAAACUGAUGUUAACGUUGAGGAGGCUUUUAUGAAAACUACUGUAAAGAUUCUUCAAAAUGUAAAAGAAAACGAAAGGCGUUCGACGGCAUUACCUGAAAAGAUAAUUGGAUUUGGAUCAGACUACCCAAAGGACCAGCAGGUGUUGCUGCUCAAUGGGGAUGAUGUUGCAGCUAAUCAGAAUAAUUAA